AUGCAAUUACUCGGAUAUUUGGUUUCGAGACAUAUCAGCAGCGUCCCGCCAACCGUCUUCAGCUUGUUCAGCUCGGUCAUCGAGGCCCGCACAACUGUCUACAACGCCUUUCAGCAGGUUGUGGCUGAGAACCCAGACCCGGAGACAGAGAACAACGCUUCUCAUAAGCAAUUCAUUGAUGCUUUGACCGACGCGUUUCAAAUCCUGGGAGGAAAGAAGCGGAAAGUUGAUGAAUUCAAGAACAGUAACAGGGCUGAGGCCAAUGAUUUCGUCAAAGCCAAAGAAGACCUUGACAAACUUGUACUUGGGAACAAGUCUGGCGCUCUGGAUCUCGGCAGAGGAGGGAGGGUUGAUGAUGGUGAGGUCAGAGAAUCCAACGACGAGAAGCCCGUUUGCCCCAAGGAGCAGAGCCUGGACGACGUGUCUCUCGAGAGUUAUCGCAUAACCCAGGGCACGGAUGGAAUCAUCACCAAUUUCUUGAUGGCGGUCUACGGCAUCUGGCACGACUGCGCAUACGACGGGCUAAUCAGUGCCAGGAGUGCAGCGGCUAUCUUUGUCGACUUCAACGGCCACGAUGAUUACGAAACCGUCAUGAACACCAUUACGCGGGGAAACCCAGACAAGGGCCAGGGGAUGUUUACGAUAGGGCUCUGGAGAGUCGGGUCGGGCGGUAUAAGCGUCGACAAGGUUCGGGAGUCCAAUGUGGACGUCAAAGAGCAAUUGAUGAUCUAUACAUACCAGGACCUUGUCGACUUUGUCGAGGAUUUCCAAAAGAACCGCUCGGGGAAGACCACCAAGCGCAUGUGGGACGAGCUUCGCAACUGGGACCCCAACUUCAAGCCCCAGAGAGCCACGAACGAGCAGAGAAUCCGGUGGCGUCGGUCAUACACCAUCAACUGGCUCUACGACUUGGUCAAUGUCUUUCCCUCCAUUGUGGUUCAGCGUGACACCAUGCGGGGGGAGAACCAUGUACUGGAAAAUGUGGAUUGGUCGCCGGAAGGACCCUGGGCCAGGCACCGAAGACUCUAUGGGCUGAACGAGUUUGCAGGCUUCGUCACUUCCCUUGCGAUGCAGAAACCGGGGACCGACAUCUGCAAGCGGAUAUUACCACACCACGUUUUCCAGCUGGCGUGCACCGUCGGCUCCUUCAUGGUCGCUCGCGGCUGGUCGAUCAGCUCACUGAAAGGCCAUAUUCUCGAUGACCCUGCUCGAAAAUUCCGGCCGAGGCGCGAUGUCGACCUCUUUCUGGACCGCAAAAAUGAGACAUUCGGCACCGGAUUUCUGCAGGGGGUGGCUAUCUUGAAGCAGCUGCUCCAGAGAAACGGCUUGUUGCACCACGAUCUGCAUCGUCAUCAGAGCCUGUGCAUGAUCUUGGAUUCAUGUGGCGACGACUUUCGCGACUGGCUGGGCGAGACAAAAUACAUGUAUGGCCUCACCACCAUUCCUCCAUCCAGGUUCUCCCAUUGCGAUCCGAACGGUUUAGUGUGGGAGGCACUUCCUGAGCCCAUGUUGCUCACACACUUGCACAACAUGCUUGUGACGAGAGGUUACAUCAGGAAUCCCAUCGGGAUGUUCGCGACCCUCGAGGAGCUGUUUGGGCCGGCCUUAUUUGACGGCAAGCCCCCUACUUCCGACUUUGACGAGGCCUUGCUUGAGCUUGUUGGCAGAAGGGAUCGCCUCGCUACCCGGAGAGCCGCUGCGGCGAGAAAAGAAGCUGCAUUAAGUCAUGACGUUCAUCGCAUGCUGGAUGUCAAGCUGAACAGGCUCUUCAACACGAAGUCCCACCUGAUACGGUACCGACAGUCAAAGUGGAAUGUCGAUGCCAUUUCCGACGCCGAUAUCUCGCUCAAAUCGCCAUUAUGGAUGGUUCGGCUUGCCACACAAGUCGUGGUCGAUCCCGUUACCGGCCAGCGGCGUCUGAAGGACACAGACCUUGUGGAACGCGCCAGAGCCGGGGGAAUGGGUGACAAUGGGCUGUUGCAAGUCCCACCCUUCCCAGUCAUCGCGUCCCUGCAGCAACUACCAGAAGGAUUGGGCGCCUUCCUGCCGGAAAUCUAUGGCUCGCCUAACCUCCCACCGGAGCUCAGUGGAGCAGCGAUGUUGCACGCUAGCGGGCUUUGCACCAAGGGCAGCCAGCAACAACCAACUGGCCGCACUCCCCUCGACCUUGUCAAGCUCGACCUCAUUUGGAACGUGUGUGGCGAGGCCCCGGUCUACAGCCUCAACUACCUUUUCACCACUUGCAUGUUCAGGGUGCUGUUCGGAAGGUUCGAGACCGAGCUCAAGAAACGGCGGAAUCCGCUGUACAUUCGCGCAUACGAGACCGAGUUCGAGUGGAGGCUGCUGAAGCCUGCGGGUUUGACGCUCAUGGCAUUGGCCGGGCAAGAUGAGGAGUGUCUACUGGUCAUGGCAGAUAUCUUCCAGAAACCCCGGGCGGGCUUCAGGAAGCAUAUCUACUGGAAGGACCUGGAAACGAGUGCAGACUGGGCACGGAAAUCCCUGGAGAAGGCGGAGGACGGCAAUAUGGACACGGAUGCUUGGUCGGUUAUGUGA